AUGUCAAACGAUGCACGUCAAAAAAAUUAUAAACAUCGUGGACUUGAUAGUGAAGAAUUACGUAAAAGACGUGAAGAUUUAAAUAUUACUUUACGUAAACAAAAACGAGAAGAACAGCACUUCAAACGACGCAAUUUAGCAAGUACAAAUGAACCUGAAACUUCCGCUCAAUUUGGCGUCGCUGGUGCUGGUACUCAAUCCACAGGACCUACAGAACCGGUAAUAAAAUGGUUUCAACUUGAAAUAGAAUUCAACUAA